AUGGCCAUGGUGAGCGGGGGGUGGGGAGAUCCCAAUGGGGGCACCAACGGGCUGGGGGAGAAGAACUACCUGAGGGAAGAAGAUGAGACCUCGCUCCAGGCAGGAGGCAGCGACAUGGAAGCCGGGGAUGAGGACAAGGCGUGCGUGGUGGACUGUGUGGUGUGUGGAGACAAGUCCAGUGGGAAGCACUACGGAGUAUUCACCUGUGAGGGGUGCAAGAGUUUCUUCAAGAGGAGCAUUAGACGCAACCUCAACUACACCUGCAGGUCCAACCGAGAAUGCCAGAUUGACCAACACCACCGUAACCAGUGCCAGUACUGCCGUUUGAAGAAGUGCUUCCGUGUGGGCAUGCGCAAAGAAGCAGUUCAGCGCGGGCGCAUCCCCCCCUCACACGCUAGCCUGAGCCCUUCCAUACCCCCAGCAGGGGGCACCAGUGGCCUGGGAGCCGGCGACUUCUACAGCAGCAACAACGGUAGUGGAGGGCAGCCGGUGUCGGAGCUGAUCUCCCAGCUGCUGCGUGCCGAGCCAUAUCCAAGUAGCCGCUACGGCCACCAGUACAGCCAGCAGGGGGGCCCAGGGGGCCAGGGGACCUCCAUGGGCAUUGAUAACAUCUGCGAGCUGGCCGCCCGCCUGCUGUUCAGUACCAUUGAGUGGGCCAGGAACAUCCCCUACUUCCCUGAGCUGCCCGUCUCAGAUCAGGUGGCCCUGCUGAGGCUGAGCUGGAGCGAGCUGUUCAUCCUGAACGCAGCCCAGUCCGCCCUGCCUCUACACAUGGCGCCUCUACUGGCUGCUGCGGGGUUCCACUCCUCGCCCAUGUCAGCUGAGAGGGUGGUGUCCUUCAUGGACCAGGUGAGGGUGUUCCAAGACCAGGUGGACAAGCUGAGCAGGCUGCAGGUGGACUCUGCUGAGUACAGCUGCCUCAAGGCCAUUGCUCUUUUCUCUCCAGAUGCCUGUGGGCUGACAGACCCGGUACACGUGGAGACCCAGCAGGAGAAAGCCCAGGUGGCCCUGACAGAGUACGAGAGGAUGCAGUACCCUGGCCAGCCGCAGCGCUUCGGCCGCCUGCUGCUGCGCCUGCCUGCCUUGCGCGCCGUGCCCGCCAGCCUCAUCUCCCAGCUGUUCUUCAUGCGCCUGGUGGGCAAGACACCCAUCGAGACGCUUAUCCGAGACAUGCAGCUGUCUGGGAGCUCCAUCAGCUGGCCCUACGUCCCGGGACAGUAACCCCUGCAAAGGUCACCCCUCCUGGGCAGGGGGGCUUGGCACACAGGCCCCUCCUGGUUGACUCAUUAUUACCCAUCUGUGUGGAUUCACAGCCAGCUGAAUAUCAUACGUACUGUACUGCCUUCCCCUCUUGAUCAUAACCAACUGUUAUCAUCCAAGCUCAGACUGGUCCCAGCCUGGCUCAGCUCUGUUCUGUUCUCUGUGCAGUCCCGAUCCUUCCAUUCCCUGUUACAGGGUUCUGGUCCUUCCCAACCCCAUUACAGAGUUAUGGUCCAUCCCAGCCUGGUGCCUGUGUCCCGGUGCCCGCAGUGCUGCUGGGACCCACUAUGCCAUCCUCCUAUCACAGACUACGGAUGUGACGGCACACACACAGGGCUCCAGAUGGCCUCUGCUACUGUCCUGCUCUGCUGUCUCAGCUGCACCAGAGUCUCUAUAACCCAGAACCCUCACACAGCCAGACCACACAGACGAAGAUGUCACCAUGUCAACCAGUCAGAUCAUAUGGUUUUGUGUGUGAGAAACAAAAUACUUGCAUUGUUGAAUCAUUCAUAGGGCUCUUGAUGUUGUUGCUUUUGAGCAGUUUAAAUAACACAGUGAACCGGACUGAUACCUCUGCAGUCUGCCAUGUAGAGGGGACCUCUGGCAAUAUGCAGCUGCUCUUUCACCACAAGCCGCCUUCUUCUUCAUGAGAACUGCCUGUUCUACUUCAACACCGGGGCUCCAGACACUCACAACCCUGGACAAUAAACACUGCUAGUUCAUAUGUCUGCACAAUCUGUCAACUGAAAUGUUCUUAUUGCAGCUGAACAAGAUGAUGACAUGGCUAGAUUCUGAGACUGUGACAAGCUGAUUAUUGACCACUGUUCUAACAUGUGACAGAAAAGGCAAAUGGGUUUUCCUGUGACCUGACCAUGCUGGACCCUUCCAACAUGACAAGCCCUGAGAGGUGUAAAGUGUACCAAACAUGGGGAACUGAACACUCAACUACUGUUCUAGAAUAUUCCUUUGUCUUGUUGCAUGUUUAGAUUCUGUGUUUAAUUCUACUAUUUACACAAUGGGAUAAAUUAGGCCUUUUUCUAAAGUUGGAUGGUUACUUUUUUAACUUUAAUGUUUCACAUGAAAUACCUCUUAACAUCUACUGAGAUACCUGAAGACUGUCAAGCUGGGACAGCAACUUGAAUAAAAGUUGCAUAGUGAGGCUCUGAAUCGUGUGGGCCCUUUUUCAAGCAUGGCAGGUUGCCGUGUUUUAGGGAUAGUGUUAGCCCAGGAGAGGGACCAGCACCAUGGGUCUUCAUGGCUACAAUGCCAAAACACUACCUGUUAGAGAGACAGAGAGAGGGUAGGCCCUACCAAGUCAUUCUAACAACUGUUUACCUCACAAAGCCCUCAUCUUAAAUAGAUUAAUGUUCAAUUAAUGUUCUCUCUCUAUCUCUCACCACCACCCCCCGGGCCCCUCCCCCCACACACACACACCAAGUCAUAUACUGAUAAAUGUAUUAUUCAUGUUUUAGUAUCAUUGUGUUGAUGAGUUAUUUUGUUUGUUUCAAGUGUAUGGAAGCAUUAAAAGACCAAAACCUAA